CUCUUCCAAGGGGAGGGAGCACCUGCCUGCCCGCAUCCUUGCAUCCUUCUUGGUCCAUGACAGAGGAAGAGGAGGCGGCUGGCUGAACUUCCAUCUCCAUCACCUGCACCUGGCCUGUCCUGAAGAUGGGGGACCAUAAGGAUGCCCUCAGGAAGAUCAUCACCACCCUUGCUGUCAAGAACGAAGAAAUCCAGAAUUUCAUCGAUGUCCUUAAACAGAUGCUGCAGAAUGUGGAGGCCAAUUCGGAUCGGGUCCAGCAAGACCUUGAAGCCGAGUUCCAGUCGCUCUACGCCCUCCUGGAUGAGCUGAAAGAAGGGAUGCUCAUGAAGAUAAAACAGGAUCGAGCCAGCCGGACCUAUGAGCUGCAGAACCAGCUGUCUGCUUGCACCAAAGCCUUGGAGAGCUCAGAGGAGCUUUUGGAGACGGCCAACCAGACUCUCCAGGGGGCUGAGAACCAUGAUUUCAACCAGGCUGCUAAACAGAUCAAAGACAGUGUGACCAUGGCACCUGCAUUUCGGCUGUCCUUCAAGGCAAAAGUCAGUGACAACAUGAGCCACCUGAUGGUCGAUUUUGCCCAAGAGCGUCAGAUAUUGCAGUCUCUGAAGUUCCUACCAGUCCCCAGUGCCCCUGAGAUAGACAUAGCCGAAUCCUUGGUGGCUGACAACUGCGUGACUCUCGUUUGGAGGAUGCCGGAUGAGGACAGCAAGAUCGACCAUUAUGUGCUGGAGUAUCGCAAGACCAACUUUGAAGGGCCGCCCCGGGUCAAAGAAGACCAGCCAUGGAUGGUCAUCGAAGGCAUUAAGCAGACGGAGUAUACCCUCUCUGGGCUCAAAUUCGACAUGAAGUACAUAAACUUCCGUGCGAAAGCCUGCAACAAAGCAGUGGCAGGAGAGUUCUCUGAGCCGGUCACCUUGGAAACGCCAGCAUUCAUGUUCCACCUGGAUGCCAACACCAGCCACCAGAAUCUCAAGGUGGAGGACCUCAGCGUGGAAUGGGACGCCAUGGGUGGGAAGGUGCAGGACAUUAAAGCUCGAGAAAAAGACGGGAAGGGCCGUACCGCUUCUCCGGUUAACUCUCCGGCCAGGUGCGUACAAUCUCCCAAAAGGAUGCCAACGGCCCGCGGCGGGAGAGACCGCUUCACCGCCGAAUCCUAUACAGUGUUGGGGGACACGCUGAUUGACAGUGGAGACCACUACUGGGAGGUGAGGUACGACCGCGACAGCAAAGCCUUUGCAGUUGGGGUGGCUUACCGGACGCUGGGGAAGUUUGACCAGCUAGGCAAGACGCCCUCGUCUUGGUGCAUCCACCUCAACAACUGGCUUCAGGUCAGCUUCACCGCCAAACACAACAACAAAUCCAAGAUCUUAGAUGUGUCAGUCCCUGACGUCGUCGGCAUAUACUGCAAUUUUCACGAAGGUUUCCUCUCGUUCUACAAUGCCAAGACCAAGCAGUUGCUCCACACGUUUCGGGCCAGAUUCGCCCAGCCUGUCCUUCCAGCCUUCAUGGUCUGGUGCGGGAGCUUCCAUGUCUACUCCGGUUUGCAAGUCCCCAGCGCCGUCAAAUGCCUUCAGAAGCGGAACAGCGCUACUAGCAGUUCCAACGCCAGCCUGUCUUAGCACUGUGGUGCCAUCCUCGUUUUGCAGGAUUGGGGGACACACACGCCCCCCCAUCGCCACAAGAGAGGGCCCGGCGACUCCCUGGAAAGCCAACUGUAACAAGGAAGCAGUGUUGGGGGCUGGUUUUGUUUUUCAAUAUUAUUUGCAACUCCCCCUCUCCAAGGCUGUGCCAAAUCUGGGAGGGCUUUUGCUUGAAACUCACACGCCGUGAAUGUAUCAGAUUAUUUUACCUGCCUACGAUCGUAUAAAACAUCUCCUGCUAUUGUCGGUCACACGGGGGGGGGGUGUUCCUCACCCCUCCCAUAAUACACCAAAUCUUCACUUUUUGCCUUUGACAAGAUGUGGGGCAGCGGAUCUCGUGCGGUCUGAGAGGGGCGGGAGGGCUUUGAAGGAGAGGGUGCCCUACAAGUAAGGCUGCGUGUCGACACCCCACGCCACUUUAAGAAGAAGAGAAAUUCUGCGGCAACUUGAUCCAAAUUCUGUGGUUAUGCAAAAAUGAAGGAAA